AUACGAAUUCUCAAGUCGAGGAGGAGCAUCUAUUUUGGUGACCGUGUGAAACGUGACAGCUCGGAAAUGAAGCCACUUUCUUUAUUUAUUUACAUCUUUAUGUACAUUGUGGUCUUGAUAGCCCUCGGCGGAUCCCCCACUGGAGCUGAGGAAACCAUGGCCUUUUUUGGAAGAUCUCGUCGCAAUGUCAUGGAAGUGGCCAAUGAUCCUCCCCCACCACCAAAAUUCAGAUAUCGUCGCAAUGUCAUGGAAGUGGCCAAUGAUCCUCCACCACCACCAAAACAAUUAAGAAGUCGUCGCCAGGCUCCACCUGGAAUGCCGCCACCACCUGGUAUGCCACCACCAGACGGUAUGCCACCACCACCAGAAGGAAUGCCAGGACCACCAAUGCUAUUCUAGACAAAAACAAAAAGAAGGAGGAGAAGAAGAGAAUCAAUUAUUGUAGCGCAUGUCGAUAAGGGGAACCACAACCAAAAAAAAAAACAAAAAAGAAACAAAAAAUGAAAAAUUUAAAUGAAGCAGAUUAAGUAAAAACGAGCAAUAAAACUACUUUACAGCAUUCCAAAAAUUAA